GAGCGACCCCUCUCGGCCGGCUGGCCAGCCGCCUGCUUUUCCCAGAGAGGAAGCUCUCGCACCGCUUCUCGGGAGCAGCCAUGACUAAGCAAAAGGCGGGCCCCGCUCACCCGUUGUUAGCUCAGGUGGCAGCUGGCGGUGAUCGACGAGAUGCCUGAGUCCGCCAUCAAAUCGGCUUCCAAUAAAUACCAAGUCUUUUUCUUUGGGACUCAUGAAACGGCAUUCCUGGGCCCGAAGGACCUCUUCCCCUACGAGGAGUGCAAGGCCAAGUUCGGGAAGGCCAACAAGCGGAAAGGCUUCAGCGAAGGCCUCUGGGAGAUCGAGAACAACCCGACCGUCAAAGCCUCGGGAUACCAGCCCACCCAGAAAAAGGGAUCCCCAGGAGGAGACACCAAAGCCGAGCGAGAGGCGGCGAGUAAGAAGAAAGGCAGCCCCGAGGGCGGCAGCAGCGACGACGACGACGAGGGCAACCUGGUGAUCGACGAGCAGUCCAAGGAGAAGAACAGCGAGAAGGCCGGGAGCAAGAGGAAAGCAGAGGCUGCCCUGGAGGACUCCUCUCCCAAGCGCAUCAAGGAAUCCUCAGAGCCACAGGAGGAUGCUGGGGAGAAGCUGGGGGGCGAAGAUGCCCCCAAAGAGGUGGGGGAGAAGCAGAAAGUCAGCCUCCCUGAGGGAGGGGAGAAGGAGAAGCACAGCGCCAGCGGUGACGCUUCCGACGUGGCAGGCGGAGAGGACGAGGAGGAGAAGGAGAAGGUCACCACCGAGGAGGAAGAGGAGGAGGAGGAGGAGGAGGAGGAGGACGAGGAAGAGAGCCGAGACCACAAGGAGAGCCUGUAACUGGCCGGCCCAUCGGACCCCCUCCUGACCUGUCGGUUUCCCGGGUGCUAAGAACCAAACGGCGUCGUCGUCUUCGGGUUGCCAUCUCUGCCCCUUGGCGUGAAGGAGAGGGAAGGGAGUGGAGAGCCACGUUUCGACAGAAGCAAAAAGGAAAUUGUCCCGCCUGGCCAACCCGGCGCAUCUCUCCCGGCCAGCCGUUUUGCCAGUUCUUACGCUUUGAGUUAGCCAUUUCUAGGGGUUGGGAAUGCUUGCCAGCCACUUUGAAAUAAAAGCAGUUGAAUGCCUUUUUAAAAAAAUA